AUGCAGCAAAACGAAGAUCAAAAGCUUUCACGUGUUUCAACAUUCGGCAGCACCAAAAGCUCAGAUGGCGUGACUACCGACGAGCUGAAAUCCGCAUUGGGAGCGGAAUGGGUUGAAAUAGCCAACAGGAUUGAUCAAGAGCUGAGCCGCUCCCCUACACUCGAAGAGCAAUUCAAUAGUACAGACAACACGAUUCUGAGACCUGGUAGCUUUUACGAGCUCGACAGAAAAACCCUUCAAGGUCCUGAUCAAUGGGGUGAAUAUGUCGAGUCGACUCAAAACCAACAAAAACGAGGCAUACAGGGGUGA